GAAAAGUACUCUAUUACAGUUGCUCGAGCUACUCAGACAGCCACAUCAAAUUUUGGCCGCGAUCGGAGCCAAUUUGGCAGUAAGACAUCAUUGGCGGUGACUAAGCCGCGCGCACCAUACGUAGUUCCCAAAUCACAUCUCACAUCUCCCGUUUACAAUUGCCGCUCACGGUGGAUUGACCCGACGUCCGCGCAAACUCCCAUAUUCCCAACUCCUGUAUUUCCCGUUUUGUCUAAUGGUACGCUUCCACCAGGACGCCGAACACGCCCUUGGGCCGGAGGGGCAUCUUCUCGUUCCACACGCUGCAGUAGCUGGGCUCCUCGAACGGCGACCCGUCCCGAAACGUCGGAAGAGAAAGCAGCGAUACGAGAGCCUCCCUGCCCUUCUUGACCCAACGAGCUCCUUCGUCUUGUUUGCGGAUUUCCUGCUGUGCUUCGAGGCUCUCCUUCCGAGAAUAACAGGAAAUCGACCUACACGCCCGUGCUCACGCAGUGCCUUUCGCAGCCGAAGAUCACUAUGAAAAGGAAAUGAGGGAGCUCUGGGCAGAUCGAAAGGGUCUAUCCCCUGCACGCUGAGCUGAGCUCGAAAUGGAAACCGUUGCGCAACAUGCUCUGCUACUCUACGCCGUAUAAAACGUGACCGCAGACGACUCAGAGCACUCAUCGAAGGUCUCCUCUGUCCAUCGAUACUCGGUUCUCAUCAGUCCUUCGACAAUGGUUCAUCUCAACCUCCUCGCCGCUGUGUUCUCUGCCCUUGCGAUGUUAUCGACCGCUGCGUCCAUCAGCAGGCCUGCCUCCGCCCGGGAUCUCAGCGAUGUCGAAAUCAUCACUACGCUCCCCGCUGGAGCCACCGCGUACGGAUCGGACAACGACACGGACUGGACCGUCGCGUACGACGAGGACUUCAAGGCCCUCGGGCGCCUCAAGAACGAAGACUUCCAUGCGCUGAUCGACCCGAACAGUCACUCGACCCAACUGGCCUCCAGACAAGCGGUUCGUGGCCGCCGUUGCACCGAGCUCUCUGUCGGCGAGCUCCAAAGCCUCCCUGCUUGGUCCGACCUCGAUGGGUAUGUCACGGGAAGUCUUGCCUCCCGGGGCAGAUACAAUGUCUGGACGAACUGGGACGGUGCGGCUCGGGCCAGGGCCUGUGUCGCCGACGACCACGUCUCCGUCGAGCGCACGGGGCAAGCCCAAUGCGACACCGGCGAGCAGGUCUUCGAGGGCGACCGCGUCGGCCGCGACGGUGUCAUCACUCUCGCAGCCAUGUCCGGAUCGGCUACCACGUUCAAGGAAUCCGUUACCCAACCUGCCAGCAUCGGACUGAGCUACACCGCUUCGGAUAUCGACUUCGACAUUCCCAGCAUCGGCGAAGCGACCUCGCCCUACCGGGACUCUGCCUCGUUCUGCAACGAGUUUGGCAGGAGCUUCGAGAAGACCAUCAGCAGGGAGAGCACUCGCGCCGUCGAUGUCCGCUCGGAGCCGGGAGACUACUGCAGCAUGAUCGUUGAAACCACCACUUGCUACCAGCAGUCCCGUGGUCGUGUAGGCUUCGUGGCGGAUGGCUUUGUGCGCUUCGGCUUUGACUCUCGGGUCAGGGACCACUCCUACUGGCACCUCCCCCUCGGCCGAGAGUCUGAGGACAGGCGCACGUCGUACAUGGAGUUCGCCGGGUUGAUCAACUCGCACGGAUACGGCAACUACCGCUCCGAGUGCCGCCACUGAGAGCCUUCGAAAGUCUCAUUAGAGCAUUGGACUGCCUUUUAACUGUUUGUCUUACCUGUGCACUGGACUGUGUUUUGAAAUGAACAUUAUUGUUGGGGAUGAUCUGCUGUCC